AUGGACAAGAGGAGCAUGUCGACGACCGUCACUUAUAUGCGUUGGAGAAAUUCAGAUCAAAACAAUGAUGGUAAUCAGGCGACUCACAAAGAUGAAUAUUCAGGUUCAAUCCAGGAUAAAUGUUCCAUUGCCAUUGGAAGCGUGGCCUCAGGGUAUAGAAAGUCCUCAGUGUCGUCAGCAGAUCCGACCAAACAAGAUACCUUCACUCUCGAUGAGGGACUGGAUGCCCUGGGCUUUGGAAGCUUCCAGUGGAAAUUGCUGUUUGUCACCGGGUUUUCCUGGGUGGCAGAUGCCAUGGAGAUGAUGAUCCUCAGCAUCCUCGGCCCACAGCUGCACUGCGACUGGAGGUUGUCAGGCUACAAAGUGGCUCUCAUAACGUCGGUGGUGUUUGCUGGCAUGGGCCUCAGCUCGUCAUUAUGGGGCAACUUGUCUGACAAGUACGGCAGGAAAAAGGGGCUGACCAUUUGCAUGUGUUGGACGUUCUACUACGGCGUGUUGAGCGCCCUGGCGCCAAAUUUCGGGUGGCUUUUAGUGAUGCGAAGCCUGGUGGGCGUUGGCAUCGGAGGAGCCCAUCAGUCGGUGACUCUAUACUCAGAAUUUAUUUCAUCCAAAGCGAGGGGCUUCUCCGUCAUCCUGAUGGCAGUAGGUAGACGCACAUCACUUUCACAACUUUUUUUUAUUAAUGCGUUUCAGGCUUUUUGGGCCGUCGGCGUGGUUUGCGAGGUUCUCCUGGCCUUGUGGGUCAUGCCCACCCUUGGCUGGCGAUGGCUGCUUGGCCUUUCUGCCACACCAUUGGCCAUCUUUCUGUGCUUUUGCUUGUGGCUGCCCGAGAGUCCUCGCUUUGACCUGCUAAACGGAAACCAAGCCAAAGUUAUGGCGACGUUAGAGAACAUCGCAAAACACAAUGGCAAAGCCUUGCCUCGGGGAAGGAUAGUCUGCAACGUUCAGAAUAACCGAGGCCGUCUCCAAGACCUUUUUACCAAAGAAUAUUACAGAACGACUCUUCUCCUCUGGUUCAUAUGGUUUUCAUUCUCCUUCACCUAUUACGGAAUCAUCCUGCUGACAACUGAGAUGUUCCAAUCCGGAGAUUCGUGCGGCGCCACUCAGGGGGCCAAAAUUGAAGCCAGUUGUAGUCUGGAAUGCAAAUUGCUGACAUCACAGGACUACAAAGACUUGUUAUGGACGACGUUGGCCGAGUUCCCAGGUCUGUUUGUUGUUCUGGGAACGGUGGACUGUCUGGGCAGGAAGAAAAGCAUGGCCUUGCCCUUUUUCAUCUUCAGUCUAAGCCUCCUGCCCUUGUACGCCUGUAUCGGGAGGAUUACUCUCACUAUCUUCAUCUUCAUUGGAAGAGCCUUCAUCUCGGGUGGAUUUCAAGUUGUUUUUGUGUAUACACCAGAGGUAUUCCCCACUGAGACCAGAGCAUUUGCUGUUGGCACGUGCAGUGCUAUGUCCAGGGUGGGCGCCCUCCUCACACCCUUUGUGGCACAGGUGCUGCUCAGACAGUCGGCGUCCUUGACGCUAGCCGCGUACUGCGUCUGCUCUUUCCUGGCCGGGUGCGCGUGCCUGCUGCUUCCCAUCGAGACAUCAGGAAGGAGCCUCCGGGAGUCCGAGGCCUAA